AUGGCCGAGAUCUUCCAGAACAUCAGCAAAUGGCUGCUACGCUCCCCUCCGUCCGAAUGGGCCAUCAACCAGCUUAGAGAGCUGUUGAUCGGGGCGCUGAAACAAGGCCCCGUCCCGCAACAUGUGGCAUUCGAGAUGGAUGGCAACAGGCGCUAUGCGCGGGGGAAACGGAUGGAAACCAUUGAGGGCCAUCACCACGGCUUCGAAGCACUAGCAAGGGUCCUCGAAAUCUGUUACAAGUCUGGCGUCAAGGUUGUGACUGUGUACGCCUUCAGCAUCGAGAACUUCAACCGACCCCAAUACGAAGUGGAUGGCCUCAUGGAACUGGCCAAGGUCAAGUUGGAGCAACUGACGCACCACGGCGACCUUCUUGACAAGUACGGCGCUGCUGUCAGGGUUCUUGGACAGAGGGAUCUACUACGCGAGGACGUCCUCGAGGUUGUCGACAGGGCGGUGGAGAUGACCAAGAACAACAAGAAAAACGCUCUCAACAUUUGUCUUCCCUACACAUCGCGGGAAGAGAUGGCCACCGCGAUUCGAUCCACGGUAGAGGACUACAUGACGCCUCCCGAGCCCAAGUUUACGGCAUUCCCUGCUUCCCGCAUUACGCAGAAGAUUCUCUCGAAGCAGCUGGAUGAGAAAGAUCAGAAGGACUGGCCUGCGGUUCACGAGAUCACGCCUAUUCCUUCAUCGCCUACACCAUCCUCGCGGUCUGUCGCCGAUGAUGAUACGGCGUCAUCAGCGACACUGCCUCCCGGCUCCCCAUCACCGCCGCACAUCACACACCACGAACCCGGCCAAUCCUUGCUGAAGAACCCCGAGACGAUUACCGCUGAGACGCUCAACAACCACAUGUAUACGGCUGGAGAUCCCCCUCUCGACAUUUUUGUCCGCACUAGUGGCGUUGAGAGGUUGAGUGACUUUAUGCUUUGGCAGGCUCACCAGGACACACAGAUCUUCUUCCUCAAGUGUCUGUGGCCCGAGUUUGAUCUGCAGCACUGGCUGCCCGUGCUGUUGGAGUGGCAGUGGAGGCAAAAGCAGAUGGACCGUGAAGAGCGGCCCGAAAAGAAGAGGGCUCGAAAAGCGGUCAAGACGGCGUAG